AUGAAGCCUGUGAAGCUGCACUAUUGGAUUCUGGGUUGGUUUUUUAUGGCAUUAUGUUGUUGGUGUACUUCAGAUACAUUCUCUCAAGGUGACAACCACCCUCAUACCUGGAAAAAGCUGUAUCUUGCUCAUCAUUGGCCAGUGACUGUAUGUAAGAUGAGUGCUAAUGAUUGUCAAGACCCUCCAGAGUAUUGGACAAUCCAUGGACUGUGGCCUGACAAAACCGAAGAUUGUAAUAGGACGUGGCAUUUCAACGUCACCGAGAUUAAGGAUCUAAUGUCAGACAUGAGACGCUAUUGGCCUGAUGUGCUUCAUUCGUCUCUGAAUCGCACUCAGUUCUGGAAACAUGAGUGGGACAAACAUGGCACUUGUGCAGCCACACUUCAGAUCCUCAACUCUCAGAAGAAAUACUUUGGUAAAGCCUUAGAACUCUACCAGCAUGUUGAUCUUAACAGUUGUCUCCUGAAAGCUGGGAUAAAGCCAAGCAGUUCAUAUUACCAGAUGACUGCCAUAAAGGAAGCUCUUACAAAAUUUUAUGGUGUAACACCAAAGAUCCAAUGUCUUCCUCCAGAAGAGGGUGAAAAAGCACAAACAAUUGGUCAGAUUGAAUUCUGCCUCACCAAAGAACUGCAGCUGAGAAACUGCACGGCGCUGAAGGGUGAAUCCGACCCAAUGCAGGCUGACUUGAAGCUUGGAACUGAGGAGUUGUCUGUCUGCAGCGAUACUCUCCCAACCUAUUACCCUUCAGAGGUCCAAGAUUGCAAAUGA